AUUGUUUUAUAACGAAAUAGGGAGAGAGCUCACUCUCACUCAUUUCAUCCAACAUAUUGCAGUCAUUAAUUCGUAGUCAUGGCUCAGCCUCUCCCCUCCGCCGCACUCCACCCCGUCCCGGCGCCCCACCGCCACCCACCCAACUUCGCCCAUCUCAUCUCCACCGCCACUUCCCUCCCCCACCUCAAGCAAAUCCAAGCUCAAAUCCUCCGCAACUCCCACCACCACCACCACCUCUUCCAACUCCUCCUCUAUUCCCUCCCAUUCCCUUCCUACGCCCUCUCGUUACUCUCCUUCAUCCCCGCCGACAUCCCUCCGCCGCGCCAGCUCCCCAACAAGAUCCUCAAACACCUCUCCCGCUCAGACAACCCCCACAAGGCGCUCGUGUUUUUCCAAGCGAUGCAGAACAAAUUCUUCCCCAUCGACAGGUUCAGCUUCCCGCCGCUGCUAAAAGCGGCGUCGAGAGCUCUAUCUCUCAGUGAAGGGAAGAUGAUUCACGGGCUGGCCGCGAAGCUUGGGUUCGAAUCCGACCCUUUUGUGCAAACUGCGUUGCUGGGAAUGUACGCCGCUUGUGGGCUAAUCUCAGAGGCCCGUACAGUGUUCGAUAAAAUGCCUCAACGAGAUGUCGUCACUUGGAAUAUCAUGAUCGAUGGAUAUUGUCAAAGCCGGCUUUUUGAUGAUGUCUUAGCCCUCUUGGAAGAGAUGAAGAGCUCUGAUAUAAAACCCGACGCUAGAGUUUUUACUACCAUUCUUGCUGCAUGCAGCCGUGUUGGGAAUUUGGAUAUUGGGAGGCUAGUGCAAGAAUACAUAUCUGAGAGCAACGUCGUAGUUGAUUAUCAGUUGCAGACUGCGCUUUUGAACAUGUAUAUCAACUUUGGUGCCAUGGACAAAGCACAAUGUUUCUACGACGAGCUGAAGCCAAAAAAUGUUGUGGCUUCAACUGCCAUGAUCACAGGGUAUUCAAAAAAAGGCAAUCUUGAAGCUGCUCGAUUAAUUUUUGAUGAAAUGGUUGAUAAAGAUCUUGUGUGUUGGAGCGCCAUGAUUUCUUGUUAUGCGAAUAGUGAUGAGCCUCGUGAAGCUCUUGAGAUAUUUCGUGAAAUGCAGCAACUUGGAGUUAAGCCUGAUCAAGUCACCAUGUUGAGUGUUAUCUCAGCAUGUGCUCGUCUUGGCGCGCUGGAUAAAGCUGAACAAAUCCAUUUGUAUGUGGACGAGAAAGGUUUUGGAACGGCUUUGCCUAUCAAUAAUGCCCUGAUUGAUAUGUAUGCCAAAUGUGGCAGUCUAGACAGAGCGGAGGAAGUUUAUGACCGUGUGCGUAGGAAAAACGUCAUAUCUUGGACAAGCAUGAUCAAUGCUUUUGCCACUCACGGGGACGUGGACAACGCCCUGAGACAUUUUCGACAGAUGAGAGUUGAAAAUGUGGAACCAAACUGGAUUACGUUUGUGGGUGUUCUGUAUGCUUGUAGUCAUGCAGGAUUAGUCGAAGAGGGAGAGAAGUUGUUUGAAUCAAUGGUGAAACAAUAUGGAAUAGCUCCGAGGCUAGAGCAUUAUGGAUGCAUGGUGGACCUCUAUGGUCGAGCUGGUCGUCUCAGAGAUGCUCUGGAGAUAGUCGAGAGUAUGCAAAUGGCUCCAAGCGUUGUCAUAUGGGGAUCGUUGAUGGCUGCCUGCCGUAUUCAUGGUGAGUCCGAGUUGGGCGAAUUUGCAGCAAAACGUCUUCUCAAUAUAGAUCCUGAUCACGAUGGAGCCCUUGUGUUUUUAUCAAACAUAUAUGCCAAAGAGAGGAAGUGGGAGAAUGUCGGAGCUGUGAGGAAUGCCAUGAAGCAUAAAGGCAUAUCAAAGGAACGAGGAUGCAGCAUGAUUGAGAUAAAUGGUGAUAUGCACACGUUCCUGACAGCAGACAAGAGCCAUAGACGAACAGAUGAGAUCUACGCCAAGUUAGGUGAGGUGGUUGACAAGCUGAGAGAGGUAGGCUACACUCCAAACACCAACUGUGUUUUGGUGGAUUUGAGCGAAGAUGAAAAGAAAGAGGCCGUUCUUUGGCACAGCGAGAAGCUAGCUUUGUGUUACGGGCUGAUAAGCAGGGAGAAACAAUCCACAAUUCGUAUAAUUAAAAACCUUAGGAUCUGUGAGGACUGCCACGAAUUCAUGAAGAUGGCUUCGAAGGUAUUGGAUACAGAAAUCAUUAUUAGAGAUAGAACUAGAUUUCAUCAAUGUAGAGAUGGUGUGUGUUCUUGCAAAGACUAUUGGUGAAAAUAAAUAUGUUCAGUUCUUUAAUAUUGCAAACAUUUCUUGUCUACAUAUUACUACUCAUUAUAUAUGCCCUUGUUCAAGAAACAGCACCAUGAACUAAAAUUUCUAAACAUGAAGAGCUUCUCAUGAGGAUUGAGAAGAGAUGACUAAAUAUCUCAUGUAGGAGGCGCAAUGCGCCCUCGUCUAUCUUCAGAAUUUUGGCUGCUGAACGCAGGUGCCAACCAAAACUCUCUCUUCAUCUUCUUGAACUGGCUUGUGAGCUUGAAUCUCAAGAACUCCACUGCAGCUGAGACCAACUUCGGGUUGUGCCCAAUGAAGCUCCUUCUGUACUCGAGGAUCCAUGUGUUCGACUCAAGCUGCACCACCGAGCUGCAAGCAAUCCAGCAGUCUGCAGCGGCCAGCCCCAAAUGCUUACUUCCUCUAUCAUCGAUUCAUAGAGCACACAUCGCGAGGUUAGCAGCCUUCCAUCCUAAAUUCCAUAUCACAAUGUCUCAAUUAAACAGAAGCAAAAGAACAAAAUGAGUCACACACACAACACACGCAGACUACACAAACUAACAAACCUGAUUGAUUCUCCACAAGGAGUGAUCAACAGAGCUGCAGCUUGAGACAUCUCCACCAACCAACCCUUCCAAUUCAUUCUUCAAGAACUCCAACCUUCCACUCAAACUUUCAAAAACCCCGAAUUUCAAUCCCAAAUUGUUGACAAAAUCCGGGGAUAACCUAGCCCUCGCAACCCCAGAGACCAACCAAGAAGCCCCGUACUCCGCCCCUAAAACAAGGAUCAAACACCAUAAUGUUGUCAAGGAAAACACC